AUGCAGUGCGAGGGAUGCCUAAGUAAUUUAAGUAGGGGAAAAUAUUUUCAAUGUACCAAACAACAUUGUGGAAGAAAAUUUUGUUACUUGUGUGCGAAUAUACAAGAUGCGACAAUUGUAAAAACUUGGAAGUGUCCCGCCUGUGCCACACAAGAAAAGAAAGUAGGAGAUAACAGCUCCACUCCUAUCCGCAGCGACUCUCAAAAUAUUACAACUCGGAAGAAGACAAACACUAAGUCAAAUAGUCCUACUGGGGUAAAGGACAUCGAGGUAAAUGAACUUACAUCAGAGAUACGAUCUUUGACACACGAAUUAAGCUCGUUAAAGCGUAAGCUAGAAGAGGCUACUGAGUCCUUAACGCGCUGCUACCAGAGAUUGGAUGAACUGGGAAAUGCGAUACAAACAGCCAAUAAUAGAAUAACACAACUUGAAAACAGUGAGACAAAGGUGGUCUCACUUCAAGCAACUGUCACACAUCUAGAAAAUGAAUUAAAUAACCAAAUACAGAGUCAACUUAGUAAUGAAAUAGAAAUAGUAGGUAUCCCGGAGAAUAACAAUGAAAAUCUCGUUCAUAUUGCCAUGGUAGCAUCCCGGAAAAUUGGAAUAGACUUAACGGAGCAGGACAUUGAUUGGGUAACUCGUGUUGGGCCUAGGUUCUCAAAGGCGACAAAAACUGACACCUCCAAUGGUGAGAGUAAAUUUCCACGGCCAGUUGUGCUGCGACUUUUACGCCGGUCAAAAAGAAACUCCUUAAUUAAAGAAUCAAAAAAUCGACGAAAUCUUACAAGCCAUGAUAUUGACGUCACAGAUCAUAACAUGGUUCUUGCUGGAAUAAAUUUAGAAAUACCAAAACAGAAGAGUAUGAACAAAGAAAAAGUUCAAAUUAAUGCGGAAGCGAUAAAGCAAGAUCUUGCCGAAAUAGACUGGUCAAUAGUAACUAAUAUAGAAGAUGUCAAUGAGGCAGUCACAAAUUUCGAAAACUGUUUCUUUCCGGACUCUUGGAAAACAGCUUUAUUAUACCCAAUUCAUAAAGGAGGCUGUAAAUACUCUCCAGAUAAUUACCGCCCAAUAGCACUACUUGGAACUUUCUCAAAAUUACUGGAGAAACUUGUCAACAGAAGAUUAGUUAAAUACCUUGAAAACCAAAAUCUGCUAUCUCCUAAACAGUUCGGUUUUAGAUCAGGAAAGUCCACCGAGGAUGCCGUGUCUCUACUUAUUACAACUAUCACCUCCAAACUUGACCAAGGAUUACAAUGUGUAGGUGUGUUUUUGGAUUUGGCUAAGGCUUUUGACACAGUGUCUAAUAAACUGCUUCUAAAAAAACUUGAAAAGUCAGGUGUCAGAGGUUUAGCAUUAAAUUGGUUCAGCAGCUACUUAAACCACAGAAGGUACUGUCUAAGGUUGGGACAGUUCACAAGUAAUACCCAUACCACAAAUUUCGGAGUACCGCAAGGUAGCAUUCUCGGCCCCACACUAUUUAUAUUAUAUCUAAAUGAUAUACAUAAUAUUAAGUUAGAAAAUAGUGAAAUGAUAUGUUAUGCCGACGAUACAGUCUUACUGUUUUGGGACAAAUCAUGGGAGAGUGUUUACUCAAAAGCCGAAAGAGGAAUGGCUCAAAUAACCAAAUGGUUAGAUUGGAAUCUUCUAACUAUCAAUAUUAAAAAAACAAAUUAUAUUUGUUUCCACAAAACUAGAAUGUCAGCACCGCCUUUAGGGUUGCAAAUCAAAAUUCACAAUCAAUGUUUGAAUAACGUAGCGUGCGACUGCCAAUGUAUAAACAAAGUUUAUGACACAAAAUAUCUCGGAGUGUAUAUUGACCAAAACAUUAACUUUAAAAAACAUAUCUCAAUGACAUCAAACAAAAUUCGAAACAUAACUCAUGUGAUGCGUAAACUACGAGAGUCGGCUAACAUAAAUACACUCAUACUGUUUACUAUGCCCUCUGUCACUCUGUGUUGUCGUACUGCAUCAUCUGCUGGGGAGGUGCAGCCAAGUCAAGCAUGA